ACGUGCAAGCGCAGAGGAAGUGGCUCGGCUCUAGAUGGAGCUCACCAAUACGACUACGUUGACUCCAACUUGAUCAACCCACGUACUACAACCCAUGGUGCCACCCACAGGCUGGCUGUAGAUCAGAACAGUUUCGCAGUAGCAGUACAAGAUGAACCCUUGCAGAAUGCCUCCGGUAGUAUACCUUCUCAACAGGAUGACAUUGAGCCAGAGUACUUUAGUAUCAGCCACUCCCUCCCUGCUACAACAGCCGUUUCAAAUGGAGGAGAAGAUAAUGAACUGAUGACCAAUGCAGCAUUAUAUUAGCAGUAUAGAAAUGACUGAAAACAGAUAAGCACUAGAACUCAAUGG